ACAGACGGAGCACUCGCGGGCAAACCACCGAGAGCACGAGCACACCACGGAGAGCACGAGCACAGCAGCAGCUUGAGCAGCGCGUGGAAGGUACACUUACCUGCAGCACUCGUCACUAUGGCCGAAGAAAUCCAGGUCAAAGAGCUGGACAAGCGCGCCUCUGGCCAGGCCUUUGAGGUCAUUCUCGGGGAGCCAGACUCAAAGGGCGAGUUCCCUCUGUCUCCCCCCAAAAAGAAGGACGUGUCACUGGAGGAGAUCCAGAGGAAACUGGAUGCAGCUGAGGAGAGGCGCAAGAGUCAAAAAGCAGAGUUCCAGAAGCACGUGGCAGAGAAGCGUGAGCACAUAAAGGAGGUGCAACAGAAGGCACAGGAGGAGAACAACAACUUCAGCAAGAUGGCUGAGGAGAAGCUCAACCAGAAAAUGGAGGCCAACAAGGAGAACCGCACAGCCCUUAUGGCAGCUAUGAAUGAGAAGUUCAAGGAGAAGGACAAGAAGUUGGAAGAAGUGCGAAAAAACAAGGAAACCAAAGAUGGCACUGAAGAGGGCGCCUCGGAAGACUGAACCGUACCAGCUGGGGAUUGUAUAGGGUUUUUUACGUAUCCAAAGAUUGAUUUAUUUUUUGUUUUUCACUACCCACCUUUUUGAACUGAGAAAACCCAGUUCCACUUUGUGAAAUUUUCAGCUCCCCUGCUUUAAGUGUUCUUGCUGGUUUUACUUGUGGCUCGUCCCUCCCCACUGUCAGUCUAAUGAGUUUCAUAUGUAGCUUGUGCCGCUUCUGCCCUUUCUGAAAAUAAGCAGUGUACACCUAUCCUUUUGUGAGGAAGCAUGUUUCUAUGCAUAGGUCUUUUAUCCUGGCAUAUUUCAUAGUGUGUUCUCGAAGUGUCCUGUGAACCACACAUUUUGGCACUUAAAUUGUAUAUGAAGAGUAGCACAACAUUUGAGGCAUCGGCUGUUAUAUACAUGCAGCUUUGCUCCCAUCCUCUGCUUGUUGCUCCUCCCAAUCAUUUGUGCCACUGCUGAUUCUUUGCUUUUGUAAAAAUAUGGGGUUCUCUUCAAAGCACAUGACUCGCACUGUAUAACUGUGAACCGACUUGAAUGGAUGCCAACUAGAACAGACUAGACUGGGCUCUACACGAGGAAUGCAAAAGAGCAAUACACUUUGGCAACUCGUAUACAGUGGCUGGUUGACUUGAACUGUUGAACUAAAAUAAUAAAAAAAAAUAUGGAAACUC